AUGAAGGGCAAAGGGAAGCCGAAAAAAACCAGACCAUUAGGGAAGGAUCAUAUAAGGGCUCCCAGGGCUGAGGAAAUCAAGUGGUAUACCACUUUAAAUACUCCAGAGGUUUGCGGCCUUCCAGACAGCAGCUGGCGCCGGGCAGAGGCAUCGCUUCGGGCCGGAGCUACUGGCGACCGCGCGGCGCUUGGCUGUGCGUCCCAGGCAGUCGAGCCAGCACCGCAGCCGGAGCCUUCCCAUCCGAGCAGACGCUGUUCCCUUCUGGAAGAACUCUGGGGGCUCGCAACUGACUGUUCCUCAGCAAAUUUGGGGAAGAGGACCUGGUUUAAAGAAAAGGAGGGAGUAGCUUUGGAAAAGGGUUGGCUCCUCCUUAUAACUCUGGUGCCUGAAGCGGCCCAAUCCCGACAGCGUCCAGCCCCCGCCGGCCUCCUUCCAGCUGCGCGGGGUGGAGAGGAGGGUGCCAGGAGGGCGCGAGGGCGGGGGGCGCCAAGCAGCGAGUCGAGCCGCGGUGGCUGCGGGGCUGUCUCUUUAAGCGCUCCAGAGGGGCCCGGCGCGGAGGGCGGUGAGCGCGUUUCCAUGGCACCGAGGCUGCGGGGGCUGCUGGGCCGCGCAGCUCGCAGGUUUUCAGUCUCUCCCGGUGGAGCAGGGGCGCGCAUCUCUGCGGCCGGGGUGCCUCCAGGCUCUCCCCGUCGCUCUGCCCGCCCUCUCCCCGUAGCUGGGGAUGCCCUAGUGUGGCCAAACUGUGCUGCGCCCUCCACCGGGAGACGCACCUCACUAGCCCCACGAGCCCCGCACACCAACUUCUGCCCGGCGAGCUCAACUUCUGCGCCAGGCUCGGACUUGGGCGGAGCCGGAGUGGCGCGCGGCGCGCAGCUAGGGUGGCGGCUGGAGCCUUUCUGCCCUGCAGCGAUGACCUGGCGACUGUGGCUCUGGUGCUUCUGCUCCUGGGUGGCCGCCGGCUGGCCGCCAGGCAGCGCCCUUCAGCUCCGGCCGGGCAUGCCAAAUGUUUGCGAAGAACAGCAGCUGACUGUGGUUGGACUUCCACACCCGUGUGUCCAAGCAUUCACACACACUGUCAAGAUCUGGAAACAGGGCUGUACCAGCCCGAGAGGGUGUGUGGGUUAUGAAAGAAGGACCCGGUACUACACUGUCUACAGACAGGCAUACAGCGUGGAGCAGCAGACCGUCUACAGGUGCUGCCCUGGUUGGAGCCAGUGGGACGGUGAGCCUGGCUGCCCGCGAUCUGUCUCUGCAGCGGGGACUUAUUUCCACGGGAGGAGAUGCUCGGAGGGCGAAGCCCAGCAGUGCCAGUGUUCCGAGGGUUUUCAGGGACCCCGCUGUCAAUAUGAUAUAAAUGAAUGUACCACUGACAAUGGAGGCUGUCAGAACCAAUGUUGUAAUACAAUUGGCAGCUAUUACUGCAAGUGUCAAGCUGGCCAGAAGCUGGAGAAAGAUGGCAGAGGAUGUGAAGAUGUCGAUGAAUGUGCGGUGGUGAAUGGAGGCUGCCAGCAGCGCUGUAUUAACACUCUGGGCACCUUCCACUGUGAAUGUGAUACAGGAUACAGACUCCAUGCUGACGAACGCACCUGCAUAAAGAUGGACCCCUGCACAGGUGGGAAUGGAUGCGUCCACAUCUGUCAGAAUGAGAAUGGCGUGGCCAGGUGUGCCUGUCACCCAGGGUUCCAGCUGUCUGAAGACAAAAAGGCCUGUGUAGACAUAAAUGAGUGUGCUGAAGGGCUUGCUCCCUGCAGCCAUCACUGUGUGAACACAGUGGGAUCUUUCACUUGUGGCUGCCACCCUGGCUUUGAGCUGGGAGCUGAUGGAAAACAGUGUUACAGGAUUGAAUUGGAAAUUGUCAAUAGCUGUGAAAAGAACAACGGAGGUUGUUCUCAUCACUGUGAACAUGCAGUUGGUGGGCCCCGUUGCUCCUGUAACCAUGGACACCGGCUUGAUUCAGAUGAGAAAACAUGCAUAGACCUUGAUGAAUGUGAGAGUGGAGAGGCCUGCUGUACCCAGCUCUGCAUCAACUAUUUAGGAGGCUAUGAAUGCAGUUGUCGGGAAGGCUUUCGGAUCAGUUCUGAUGGUUGUACAUGUGAUGAUGUGGAUGAGUGUCUGGAGGUCAAUAUUGUCUGUGACCAACUAUGUAUUAACUCUGUGGGAACCUAUGAGUGUACUUGUGAGGAAGGCUACAGAAUUGGAAGUGAUGGAAAAACUUGCAUCUCUUUAGACGAUGAUGAGCUAGAGGAAGAAGAAGAAUUAGACAUUGUGAGGUUUCCAGGUCUUCUAUUCAAGAGCGCACCUCAACUGCUUCAUUAUGGGGCUACCUCUUUGCCUCUCACCCAGGAGGAGGAAGAUGAUGAGGAGGAAGAGGGAGAGGAUAUUCGAGGAGAAUCGACUGCUUUGCACAGAGUUGCUUGUUCCCCAGAGACCAGUGGGACAGAGUGUAACAGCAUCUGUGAUUGUCAGAAUGGAGGCACCUGUGAUCCUCUGACUGGGCAGUGCCAGUGCCCCCUGGGGGUUCAUGGGAAAACCUGUGGAAACGGAUGCCCAAAAGGAUUCUUUGGGAACAAUUGCAAAAGGAAAUGUAACUGUGCCAACAAUGGCCAUUGCCACAGGGUGUAUGGUGCCUGCAUGUGUGAGCCAGGACGCUAUGGGAGGUUUUGUCAUCUGAACUGUCCCAAGGGGUCCUACGGAGCUGGCUGCUCUUCAGAAUGUCAGUGUGUGGAGGAGAACACCCUGGAAUGCAGUGCCAAAAAUGGCAGUUGCACCUGCAAAUCUGGUUACCAAGGCAACAGAUGCCAGAAAGCCUGCCCUGAUGGCCUCUGGGGACCAGAGUGCCAGUUCUCCUGUGGACCCUGCAAGAACGGAGGCUGGUGCAACAAAAAAACUGGAAACUGUGAUUGUCUUCCUGGUUACAUGGGAAAAGCCUGUACCAAAGUUUGUCCACCAGGCACAUAUGGGAAGGACUGUAAACAGGUCUGUCAGUGUUCAGCUGAGAAUGAAGAGUGUCACCCAGUCACAGGGAGAUGUACCUGUCUGCCUGGCUACCAUGGAAACCGCUGUCAUCUCCGAUGCCCAAAAGGCACUUACGGCCCUUAUUGCCAAAAGAAGUGUAAGUGCCUGAACAGUGGCAGCUGUGACACCAUGAUUGGCACCUGUGACUGCCCUCCUGGCUUCAUCGGGGCAGACUGCAGUCAACCUUGUCCUAAAGAUCAUUAUGGGCAGGAUUGUGUCCAACGGUGUUCCUGUGGCUCAGGACAAUGUGACCCUGUGACUGGAGGGUGCCAGUGUCCCCCUGGCCAAAUGGGAGCCAGGUGUCAGCAAGGAUGUCCCCAGACAAGGUAUGGGCCAAAUUGUGAGCUAAAAUGUACCUGUAAAAAUGGUGGUCUUUGCGAUCCUGUGGAUGGGAGCUGUACCUGUACCCUUGGAUGGACAGGAAAUGAUUGUGAAAAAGAAUGUUUUCCUGGUUAUUAUGGUCCAGGCUGCCAUUUUAAUUGCACGUGUCAGAACAAUGGAGUUUGCAAUAGGUUUUCUGGAAGCUGUGAGUGCCUCCCAGGCUACUAUGGAAGAGACUGUGAACAUGCAUGCCUUCCUGGAUUUUAUGGUUUGAAUUGUGCUCAUAUCUGUGAUUGCAAAAAUGGAGCGAAUUGUGAUGCAGAGAGUGGACAGUGCAUUUGCCCAGCAGGUGUCCAUGGCAGCCAAUGUGAAAAAGAGUGUUCACCUGGAAUGUUUGGAGACAAUUGCCGUCAACUUUGUGACUGUGAAAAAGCAAGCCUCUGCCACCCAGUGACUGGAAAGUGCCUGUGCCCCCCUGGGAGAACCGGAGCCAGAUGUGAUGCUGAAUGCAGGUCAGGCCAGUACGGACCUAACUGUUCCCUGAAGUGUCAGUGUGUCCACACAGCCCACUGUAACCCUCUCAAUGGGAGCUGCUCUUGCCCGGCGAGGAGAAUAGGUCCAACCUGUGAGGAAAACAGUUUGGACAAUCCUCAGUAACCAAAGACAAAUAGCUUUUCAGUGGAUGAAUAGACUUUGCUGAGGUUCACCCAUGGAUCAUCAUCUUAACUUUGGCAGAGAAAUGUACUUAACUCAACCAUCUUCAGCCCAACCUCUCUUGUUGUGAGGUGAAAAACAGGACGUCUCAACUUUAUGGCCUCUAAGCAUAAGUUCCAUCCUCCAGCCUACCCUUCCCAACUUCCUUUUGCUGAAGAACAUGUCCAAGAAAAAGAGAAUGUUUUUUCAAGAUCCCAAUCGUAGUAACAUUUUGGACUAAUAAAUGAAAUUUUUUUUUAAUAUGCACAGGCGGUAUUUAAAUUUGGAAAGUAAGAACUGCUUUUCAGUUCAGGUUGGACUGCACUGAAAUAUUCACACCUAUUCACUGAAGACCUCAGUGGCCAUUAAGUAGCUGGAUCCUCUUUAGAAAUGUCUAGAAUUUCAUCUCUUUAUUCUCGGUAUCCUGCUUCACAGCUAAGUCAGCUUCAGAUUGUUAAUGUAUUGUAUUUCAAACAUGACUUUUGGUGUGGGAGACUACUAAGACUUUAGCCACAUAAAGAUUGGGGUAAAAGUAUGAUGUGCACACUUACAAUGAAUCAUCAGAAUGUUUAGUGGUGUUCUCCCUAUCAUUGGUCAGCAGACAGGAAGAAAAAGUUAUCAAGGCAAAUGCUUAACCUGUUCUGGGGGAAAUCUGUGUCCCAGAUUUAGCCAGAAAGUAGGGCCUGACUGGAAUGAGGCUUUUAAUUCACAUUGUAAUUAGUUUGAGAAUUCACACUGUAAUUAGUUUGUAAUUACUUGGAGACCCAAAGUACUCAAUGUUUAGGUCAGCUCUACAGCAUUUGUAAGCAUAAACCCUGUGGUAAGCCCAAGAAAGAUACAAUGAUAAAUAUGACUGUGCUUUUGCUCCCAACUGAUUUAUAAGUACUUAAAAUUUCAGAUGACUGGUUAAUUCACAGUAAAGAAUAAUAAUUAUUUUCUUCAUUGGAAAUGUUGUUCCUCAUGACAUCCAUGCUUUCCUGGGAUAAAGAUAGAGGAUAUGGAAAUUAUAUGACUAGAUAUUUUACUUAAUAUGUUAUGUCUAUAGUAGCUUUUAAAUCAAAAUGUAUCUAAGAUACAAUUGACUGAAGAAUUUAUGAAAAUGCUUGGUGUUAUCAAUUUAGUGUAGUCUCUGAUCUUUACCUAACAUUUAUCCUCCUAUAUCUCAGCACAUUUAAAAGAAAUAUAGCAUACCUAUAAUAGGCAAUCGUGUCAAAUUUAAUGUUAUUAAAUAAUAUGAAGAGGGUUAAGGAUAUGGCAUUGCUGUAAGCUAUGUGAACUACGGUAUAGGUCACAGAUGCAGCUCAGAACUGGUGUUGCUUCUGUGGCUGCGGUGUAGGCUGGCAGCUAUAGCUCCGUUCCAACCCCUAGCCUGGGAACUUCCACAUGCCACGGGUGCAGCCCUAAAAAAAAAAAAGAGACAAAAAAUAAAAAAAUUAAAAAUUAAAGAGC